AUGAUUUCAGCGGGUGGAAGUUUCGAGCUUGGAUUCUUCAGCCCUGGUAAUUCGAGGAGUAGAUACUUAGGAAUUUGGUACAAGAAAAUAUCUUCUGGGACUGCUGUGUGGGUAGCCAACAGAGAGACUCCUCUUUCUGAUUCUUCAGGAGUUCUCCACAUCACAGAAGAAGGAAUCCUUGUCCUCCUGAACAGCACAAAAGGUGUUGUGUGGUCAUCUAAUACCUCAAGGACAGCCCAGCAGAGUCCAGUAGCACAACUCUUAGAAUCAGGAAAUCUGGUGGUAAAAAGUGGAAAUGAUGAUAAUCCAGAAAGGUUUUUAUGGCAGAGCUUUGAUUAUCCAUCUGACACUUUACUGCCAGGAAUGAGACUCGGAAAAUAUUUGAGUACAGGGUUCGAAAAAGUUUUGUCAUCAUGGAAAACUACAGAUAAUCCUGCUAGGGGUGACUACACAUUUCAGAUAGAUUUUGAUGGCUUCCCCCAACUUGUUCUUAAGAAAGGAAACAUCCUACAGUUUCGAGCAGGCUCCUGGAAUGGCCUUCGUUGGACGGGACUUCCUGCAAUGAAACAAAACCCAAUAUACACCUAUGAUUUUGUGUCAACAGCAAGUGAAAUCUAUUACAAGUUUGAACUCAGAAACAGCUCUAUCGCUUCAAGAUUGGUGGUGAAUCCAACAGGAACUGCUCAGCGGUUCACAUGGAUUGAUAAGACGAAUAGUUGGGCACGCUACUUUGCUAUACAGGUUGAUCAGUGUGAUGAUUAUGCCUUAUGUGGGGCUUAUGCUCGCUGUAACAUCAAUAAUUCUCCAGUAUGCAGCUGCUUGAAAGGAUUUGCACCAAGAUCUCCCAGAGAAUGGAAUCUGUUAGACUGGUCUGAUGGGUGCGUUAGGAAGAAAAAAUUGAAAUGUGAUGAGGGAGAUGGUUUUCAAAAGUACUCUGGUGUAAAAUUGCCAGAUACAUCUAACUCUUGGGUUGAUCAGGGCAUUGGACUGGAGGAGUGUGCGAAAAUUUGUUCUAAAAAUUGUUCAUGCGUGGCAUAUGCAAAUUCAGAUGCUAGAGUAGGAAGUGGCUGCUUGGUCUGGUUCAACGAAAUAAUUGACAUAAGAGAUCUUCCAGAAAGUGGACAAGAUCUCUACAUCCGAGUAGUUGCAUCGGAAUUAGAUCAUGCUGAGCCAAACAGACAGAAAAAAGGAAAAAAACAAGUAGCAAUAGUUGUCUCAACUACAGCACUAAUAACAGGAAUAUUGGUAUUCGGAUGGAUCUUGCAUAUGCGAAAAAGAAAACUUAGAAAGCAAGGGAAGCUGAGGAAUUACUGCAAAAAGGAAGAAAUGGAGUUGCCAAUGUUUGAUUUCACCACCAUAGCAAGUGCCACAGAUAACUUUUCAAUCGAUAAAAAACUGGGGCAAGGUGGUUUUGGACCAGUAUACAAGGCCACAUUAAUGGAGGGGCAAGAGAUAGCAGUAAAGAGACUCUCAAAGAAUUCAGGACAGGGAACUGAAGAGUUCAAAAAUGAGGUUCUAUUGAUUGCCAAACUUCAGCACAGAAAUCUUGUAAAGCUUCUAGGCUGCUGCAUUCAAGGAGAUGAAAGAAUGCUGAUUUAUGAAUAUAUGCCAAAUAAAAGCUUGGAUCACUUCAUUUUCGAUCGAUCAAGAGGCAAAUUGCUUGACUGGAAUAAGCGCAAGCACAUCAUUAGUGGAAUUGCUAGAGGGCUUCUUUAUCUUCAUCAAGACUCCAGACUGAGGAUUAUCCAUAGAGAUCUUAAAACAAGUAACGUUUUGCUCGAUAAAGAUAUGAACCCAAAGAUAUCGGACUUUGGUAUGGCCAGAACACUUGGUGGAGAUCAAUUUGAAGCAAACACUAAUAGAGUUGUUGGAACAUAUGGUUAUAUGUCUCCUGAAUAUGCGGUUGAUGGUCACUUCUCGGUGAAAUCUGAUGUCUUCAGCUUUGGAGUUUUAGUACUAGAAAUUGUGAGUGGGAAGAAAAACCGAGGAUUUUAUCACCCAGAUCACAAUCAUAACCUUCUUGGACAUGCAUGGAGACUCUGGAUAGGAGGACAGCCAUUGGAACUUGUAGAUAAUUUGUUAGGUGAUUCAUGUUCUUUAUCAGAAGUGUUAAGAUGCAUCCAUAUAGGACUUUUGUGCGUCCAACGAAAACCAGAAGACCGGCCGGAUAUUUCAACUGUAGUUGUAAUGCUUGGAGGUGAUAGCUUAUUGCCACAACCGAAGCAACCUGGUUUUUUCACAGAAAGGUAUCUUCCUGUAGAAGAUUACUCCUCAGGAAAGCAAGGAUCAUCUUCAACAAACGAAGUCACAAAUUCUUUGUUGGAACCACGCUAGAAGAAGAUCAUUCUUGAUUAGAUGAAGGGAAGAAUUUGUUAAUAUUUUAUAUGUAAUAUAUUGGACUCUUCUCUAUUAGAGACUAAUUGAACAAAGAAUUGUUAAGCUGGAUAUACACUCUUUUGAAAACAGAGUGUAAGAGACUGUCUUUUCUUAUAUGGUAGCAGCAAUAAGAACUCUGAUUAAAUUU